AUGGAAUUUCAGGCGCAGUGGGAUAAACCCAAAUUGGGGACAGAAUUAAAGGUUAUUUUAGUCAGCAUGCGAUACCCACCGUACGAAAGAAUUAUAGUAGAUGGUCACAAAGACCCCGACGAGGAAUUGACAAUCAAAACGAUCUACCACACCACCGUGGCCAGGGAAUACAUCUCCAAAGUCUUUGAUUUUGAACGCGCGUUUGAAGCCGCUUGCGAAGAAUCCGCCGAAUGGUCCAACCACGGAGGAGUAAGUGGCAAUGACUAG